GGUAUAAUUCUAAUAUUGAACAAAUCAACACCAACGACUUAACAACUUCUCUUUUCAUCCGCAGCACUCUACUUUUUAAGAUCUCUUGACUACUAUAUUGAUUUUUAGCCAGUUGUGGCUGUCGUCAGACCCCUACCGCCACCGCCAAAGUCGGCCAAGCCAUUUUUGGCUUCUGAAUCCUCCUCAAACUCCUCACGACUAUAUAACGCCCCCUCUUCUACUCGAAGCCCCUCCUCCUGCUGCUCUUUAUUCUAUACACUUUAAAGAGAGCCUGCACAGGCAAACACCGCUUUUUGUCUGAUCCAAGACCAGCCAGUGACCAAGGGGUCCACCAUCCACUGUCUUGCGCUGUACUACGCGCACUCCAUACAAACGACCAUUGGCUCUCUCGGUCUUGCGACUUCUCGAAUGUUGCGCGCAAGCACCUCCGACCAUUCGUAACCAAUCGCAUGAUUGUCGAGUCAUCUUACCUGUAGCUGGAACGCUACGCGCAAUCGCACGAUAUGUCAGGAGACCGUUCUCACUGGGAUUCACGGCAACAUUCGCCCCGGAGUCCACGCCGAGGCCGCGGUGGUGGCCGAGCUUCAUAUCGAGGACGCGGGCGAGGAUCGUAUCAUGACGACAGAGGCCGAGAAGACCGCGAGGAACGAGAGCGAGAACGGCGCGCUGCCGAAGCGGAAAAGUACCGGAAUACCAAUGAUCGAGGUCAACGUUCGCCUUCGGAAUAUCGUGACCGUAACAGAGACAAUGGCACGCCUCGGGACUCGAGCGAGCACGGAUCUCGUCGAACAUUGCCAAAACCACAAGAGUCGACUCCUUUAACCCCUACUAGAUGCGGACUAGGCGCUGAGUUCGCGUCAGCAAUACAGUCGUUGGCUGAGUGGACCACAGAGGAGAUAAAUUUACGUCUCAGGUGCGAAAGGGCGAGGCAAGACUGCGACGAGGCAAGAUCUAUAUACGAGGCAGGGAAGCCUACACAUUCCCAGUUUCCUAUUGAGGCGGAAAGAGCAAAAGAAAGAUAUGCUAAGGAAAAGUCGGCGCUUGAAGCUUUAGAGGCAAAGUUGAAGGAGGCAAAUUCCAAGAUAUCCAGCACCACGGCCGUCGUGGCGCAACACUAUGAUUCCCUUAUUUCUUCCAAAGGUGGAGCGAGAUCGUUUCGGCCUGACACUGAGAUCGUGGGUGGAUCUUCAGAAGUUGAGAAUAGGUUUCUGAAGCUCGAAAGGGAUAUGAAAGCCGAGAACCGGAAGCUUCAGGAGGAAUUUGAUUUGCGUCUUAAAAGUGCUGAAGAUAGGAUAAGGAGUGACUCUCGUGACCAGGUGGUCGCCAUGAAUUCAUCUCUAUUAAGCAAAACCGAUAAUCUCGUUACGCUUAGCAGAGAUGUCCUUGAGCUUAAAAAGCACUCGGAUUAUCACAAAAAUCAGCUCAGUCAGCAGCAGGAUCAGCUGAGAGAGUACAAAAUUGCUAUCAAGAAGCUUGGUGGAGCCCCAGUUAAUGGGUAUUCAAACCAGGCUCCUUCUCCAAGUGAUGAGAGGACUCUCCCCAUCCAAUCAGUGAAGACUCAACUGGCUGCGGAACAUUCGUCAAUCCUAAAGCUAGCGUCCCGAAUCGAAACUGUCGAACGGGCGCAAACCACUAAUACAUUGGCAAGCCUGGAGCUCGUACCAAGAAUCGAGGCUAUCGAAAGAGGGCAAACCACUAUGUUGAAAAUACAAGAAAAUUUCGAACAGGUGCAACGCAACGUCGGGGGAUUUGAUGACGACUUGGCGGGCCUCGACCAGAGAGUCAAGUCUCUAGAGAGUUCCUCACAUAGAUCUCUAUUGUCGAAUACCACUGGCCCCGAAAAUAACCUUACUACUGUUGCACCCCAAGACACUAGCACCAUAAGCCUAAUAACCCAACAGAUCAAUGCACUUAAGAACUCUAUGAACGCAAUCAUUACGGAGAUUAGGGAAUCACAGGAUGCUUCCGACAUAGCGCACGGUGCAGUUAUACAAGGGUUGAAUGAAAAUGUCUCAAAAAUGGAAGCUGGGGUGGCUAAAUUAAUAAAGAACAUCGAAACACUUCAGUCUCAACAAAGGGCUACGUCGGAUGAACAACGGCAGGUGUUGAGAAGGGUUGGGUCCCUUGAGUCUGACUUCGUUCAUAUGAAACCUGUCAGGGCUGUAGCACCACUGAACGGAUCGGAGAAUUCGGCCUCCGCAUCUCCAACCGGUUCUCUUCAAAAUGGCGUUCAUGCUCCAGCGAUUGAUUGGGGCCCAGCUCUAAAUUCCUUGCGUAGUGAGGUGGCCGAUAUCAAUCGUAGACUGGCCGAAAGUAAGCAGUUUGAAGCUGGGAUCAACAUGGGCAUACGGAACUUGGACACGCGGAUGAACAACAUAUAUACCGAUCAUCUCUGCAAGCAGAUUCUUGGGCAGCUCCAAACGGUGUAUCCGAAUCUGGCCCAGGUUGAAGCUCCAAUCGCAGAAUUAAAAGCUCGUAUGGCUCUCGUCGAAGGCACCUUUCACAAUCAUACCGAGAGUAUUGGCUACAUCAAAGAUGCUCAGGACGCGAUUCAAGGUAGGCUACGAACCUGGAAGAAUAACUAUACCACGGCGAUUACAAAUUUAUCGGCGGCGGUAGACUCUGUUAGAAGCUCCAUUUCUAUCCUACAGUCCCAGGCUGAUGGCUCUAAGAAGCCCGCUGGGAGCAACGAACAGGACGCGAUUCAGGGUAGGCAACAAGCCUGGGAGAAUAACUAUACCACGACGAUUGCAAAUUUAUCGGCUGCGGUAGACUCUGUUAGAGGAUCCAUUUCUAUCCUACAGUCCCAGGCUGAUGGCUCUAAAGCUAGUUUAAAGGAAGAAAUGACGGGACGGAUCGACUCGUUAUCCAAAGACCUUAAAGAACAGAUUGAGGCAGCGUCGAAACGUUUGCAGAGACAGAUUGAGGAUAUUGAGCACCUAAUCGAGUUCGAUGAGGAUGGAAAAGUGCAGUCGGUGAAAGAAGUGAUCCACGUGCUCACGGAGAACUAUGGGAAGAUGAUGGGAGAGUUUGACGCGCUGGAUUACCAAGUGCAAAGGCUUAAGUCGGAAUCUGCCUCGAGCCGUGAAGGCAGUGCCGUCAAUCAGCCGCAGGUUGGCAAGGUACAAGAGACCGCGCCACCUGCUUCUGACCCUAGGGCUGUUCCGACAGCACUCGCUUCCCCUGCAUCGUUUAGAUCUAGGCAGUCUGGAAAUAAGCGCAGCGCUCCGUCUUCGCCUUCGGCUAGCUCACAAGCGUCUAGUCAGCAGCAAACACGCAAGAGGAGACGAGAGGCCCAAGGGCCAUUUCUGUUCUCAGAUGGGGACUAGGAGGAGAGUGUUAGCAAGGAAAGCUAAGAAAUGGUGUUUUAGGAGGUCGAGAUUCAAGUAGAGCGCUUCUUACAUUCACUAUUUUAGCGAGACGUUCAUGGGUACUGCCCGACACAAAGUUCAUUUAGGCUCAUUGCUUGCUGUUAACAGUAGAGUGUCAAUUUUGCUUUAGAUGCUCGAAGCCGACUAUACGACACAAGAUUUUGAAGGCUAUAGUGGCUCUAGCUGCUAAGUCGUUCGUGGCAGCGACAAAACACUAAUCGCCUACAAUGCAGCAAGUUGUUUUACUACAUUUUUAAUCAUCUAGCAUCUAUCCGAGCGAAGGAAUAGGUGGCUACGGUUUAGAGAAGGGGUUGGCGUUUUAAGAGAUACCACUAUCGUUAUUGUUACAUAAGUUAGGCACAAUGGGAGACAAAGAUGCAAAUAUAGACAAAGAUGAGGUUGUAACAAGAACAAAGACAACAUUUAAACCUAAGGG